AUGGUCGAAGUAGGGCAACGGCCAUCCUCAUGGACGGACCGUGGCACUUCAAAUAGGCCGAAAAGCUCAGAUGAUUCAAAAUCCGACAUGUGGUCGUCCAUGUUGGACGGCGUUGCCAGUGGGAAAAGGUUGCCGGAGAAGAAUAUUGUGGUCCUGGGCGGCUCUACGGAAACUCAAAAGGACUUUCUUGAAUCAUUAUCAGAGGACCAUUCCAGAACACGUCGGCCGACAGGCCGGCAUUCAAGACGACCUCCCCCAAUUGCGAACCAGUUCGUUUUGGGAUACACCUACCACGACAUACUUGAUGCAGAUCACGAAGAUAUUCUUGCCCGUCUGUCGCUCUACCUCCUCGCCGAUCCAUCUCCAGUCUUUGCUCCUCUUCUAAAGCCUCACCUCACGAAACGCACGAUACCGAAUACUCUUGUAGUAAUUAUUCUCGACUGGGCCACGCCAUGGCUAUGGUUGCGCCAAUUGCGGGAUUGGAUACGCAUGCUGCGGUCAGUGACGAACGGGCUGGACAAUGGUGCACAUGAUGCUAUGGAGGAAGUGAUGAUGGACUGGCGAGACCGAAGACGCGGCGCACCCCAAGAUAGUGGCGGAGGGGGCCCAAGAAUGGAUGCACCCUUGCCACUAGGUCCUGGCGAGUGGGAUGAAGCAUUAGGACUGCCUUUAUGUGUUGUUUGUCAAAACUCCGAUAAAAUCGAUACUCUAGAUAAGGAGCGCGGGUGGAGAGAAGAAGAUUUUGACUUUGUUCUCCAAUCGCUCCGAACCGUUCUUCUCAAGCACGGAGCCUCACUCAUCUACACAACCCCUUCUGUGCCCAGCUCUCUCCAACCUCUCAUCCACUUCUCCCUGGGCAUCCAGUCGCCCCUCAAGCGAGAUUCAUUCCGGCACAACAUUAUCGACCGCGACAAGAUUCUCAUCCCUCCGAACUGGGACUCAUGGGGCAAAAUCCGAAUAUUGCGCGAAGGCUUUGAAGUCGAAGCCAUCAACGCCGGCUGGUCUGUUGACAUCCAGCCCCCACGUCAGACUGCUUCCGCGGAGCUCCAACGGCCCGGAAACGCCGCCAUUCUCAACGGUAACAACCCCACCGACACGCAUCCACAGCCCCAAGCCGAAGCCGAACAUGAAGAGGCGGAAGAUGUAGAGGAGGGAGAGCAAGGCGCGCUCUCUCUUUACGAGCAGACCGUCCAAGACCCCAAACACACUGCCGCAUUAGCCCCAACCAGUCAAUUCGGCCGCCAAGCCGGCCGCCAAGACGACGUCAAGAGCACCAGCACACAAGACUUUCUCGCGCAGCAGAUUGACGUGCUCGAAAAACUGCGCGUAGAAGACCACACAAAUACUCUCAAGAUGAAGGCCAUUCGAGAAGAGCUAAGGGAUAGUCACGGAAUGACUCCCUCGAUGUCCCACCCCACCGACGACGAGGGGCGAGACCGCGACCAGGCUCACCGCUUGGUCCAGGAUGAUGGAAAAGUCAAUGAACAUAUCGGCCCUGUGCACUUUAACAUGGGCGGCAUUCAGGUCGAUGCCGAGGAUGUUUUGAAAGGAAUAAAGGAACGCGAAGCUUCCCGUGAAGCUACAAAUACAACUACAUCCUCUGGCAUUGCCACCACGUCUACUGACCGAGAGCGUGAGCGCGAGCGCGAAACUCCCGCCCCGUCCACCCCCGACGCCAAAUCCCAAAACGAAGCUCUCGCUUCGUUCUUUGCAGGCUUAAUGAAGCGAGGAGGCGCAGGCGGAGCUGCAGCAGGAGGAGGAGCUUCUUCGUCCGCUAGUCCGCGGUAA